CACAUAGCGCUUUCUAUCAUCACAUCGAGCUCUUCCCAUGACCAGACGCCUCUUGUGAAUUGAUAAGACCCCAUGCAGCACCGCAGUGGACAUGAGAAGGAAUGACCGAAAAUGCCGACUGUGUGGACCGAGCGUUCCUGCCUGGCAGCAACACAUAGCUGCUGCCAUCCGCAGUGCUGGAUGACUUUCAAACAAUAACCCCUCUUCCUCCAUCAGUCACUCUUAUGCCAAGAUUCGAAACAUGAGAUUCCCUAUCACAUUCGCUGCGGGUGUCGUGCUCCACGCUACUGUCUUCGCCAGGCAUCGCGAAUGGGACCGCCAUUCAGCCAAUAUCUUGAUUUCAGCAUGUGUCCUCUUCGUAGCCGCAGUCAUAGCGGUCGCAAUUAUCAGAGACACCUCAUGGAUUUCUUCCUUCGCUUCCGUGAGCGUUGUGACCGCGUCCUUCGUCAGCGGCCUCCUCAGCUCUAUGACUGUAUAUCGACUAUUGCUACACCCUCUCAGAUCAUUCCCCGGGCCUCGAGCUGCGCGGAUAACCAGCCUGUGGGUCAUCAAGCGAAAUUUUCCUGGUCUCAACUUAUACGUCAAGAUGCGCAGCCUGCACGAUCGACACGGGGACUUUGUACGAAUAAGGCCACGCGAGAUCUCGAUCUGCCACCCUGAUGCGAUAGCGGACGUACACGGGCCGAGGAACAAGAUUACGAAAGGCGAAUUCUACGACCAGACCUAUCCAUUUCAUACUGUCCAGUUUAUCCGCAAUCCGAACCUUCACAAGAAGCAGCGUCGGCAUUGGGACAUUGCCUUCAAUAGCGCAGCAUUGCAGGGAUAUGUGCCACGGCUCACAAGACACUAUCAAAUUACUGCCAGUAUACUUGCGAGUCAUGCGGUAUCACGAAAGCCGAUCGACGCCAGCAGUACCUUCUUAGACCUCUUCUUCGACGUGAUAUCGGACUUGACAUUCGGUCAGUCUUUCGAUACGCAGACCACAAAACAGCGAAGUCCGAUCGUGCUAGGGUUCCUUAGGAGGCAGAAAGCACUUGGCUUCGCCUUGCUGAACAUGCCUCUGCUCCAUCUCUCCAGGAACUUACGCCUCUCUGUGAAGAAGCAGAAGUCCUGGGAAGGUUGGUAUGAUCAGGCGUUGAAUGCGCGUAGCAAGAUGAUCAUCCCGACGGCGGACAUAUACACAUACUUGUCUCAAUCUGAAGGCUUUAGAGGCAACGCUCUCAGCGAAGCCAAGUUGGCUAUCGUUGCCGGCGCUGAUACAAACGCUAUCACAAUGUCUAACACCUGCUAUCUGCUAUGCCGCCACCCCGAGUACCAGGAGAAGCUUUACGAUGAGUUGUCCGACUUAAAGUCUCUUUUUCUCAACGACCGUGAUUUGAUGGACAAACCUUACUUGAUUGGCAUCAUCAACGAAGCGUUGAGGUUGCAUCCGCCCGUCCCCUCUGGUCUUCAGCGUGUAACACCAGCAGAAGGCGCAGUCAUCGCUGGCCGAUACAUACCGGGCUACAUGAAUGUCACGACACCGACUUAUGCCCUACAUCGAGAUUCCCGCGCGUUCGUUCAACCGAAUGAAUUCAUACCCGAACGCUGGUACUCUCGCCCUGACCUCAUCCUUCGCAGAAACGCGUUCGUGCCAUUUGGCUACGGCGCGUACAGCUGUGCAGGCAAGCCCUUGGCUAUGUUACAGUUACGCAUGGUUCUUGCUAUGAUCUCCCAACGGUUUACCAUGUCAUUUGCUCCUGGCCAGGAAGAUCUAUGCCAGUAUUUCGUCGAUCAUCAAGCUGACUGCUUCACGCUGCAUCUCGAGCCGCUUCCUUUGAUAUUCGAACGGAGAGAUGUGUGAGUGAUACCAAGCUGGAUUCUGUAUCGCGAUGUGGCACAUGACCGCAUGCUACAUUGGCGAAGAUGCAACAUUGUUACUGGAGAUUGCUGGUAGGUCGGCAACAUAGUCGCUUAUCUUCCAUAAAUGCAAGUAUUCACA